UUGGAUGGAGCGUUUCGCUACUUCCUCCUGUUACAGUGUAUCGAGAGUGAGACGCUGGCGGCGGAUUCUGCGCAUUGACCGAGCCCCCCCUGUAUAUUGAGUGAGUGUGUGUGUGUGUGUAUGUGUGUGUAUGUGUGUGUGUGUGUGUGUGUACAUAUCAGUCUGCAAAGGAGCACUCGGGCAACACGGCCGCCGAAACAACAGCGGUAACACCAGCAAGCAAGCAGCGACCGCCUCUGGAAGCGGGUAUGGCUUCAGGAGAUCUAUACGAGGUGGAGAAGAUUGUCGACAAAAGGAAAAAUAAAAAGGGGAAGUGGGAGUACCUUAUACGAUGGAAAGGCUAUGGAAGUAAUGAAGACACUUGGGAACCAGAGCAUCACCUUCUUCACUGUGAAGAAUUUAUUGAUGAGUUCAAUGGACUCAAUGCUUCCAAAGAAAAGCGAACUAAAUCAGGGAAACGGGGAAAUAGCCCAAGGCAAGUCUUGAGGGACAAUCACGGAACAGCUGCAUUGAGAGUGUAUGAAUCAACCAAGGGCAAAGGGGGAGGAUUACGAAAGAAACGGACUAAUACUCUUCAGAAGCAAAAGCGGGCUUCAAUGGCUAGAGAUGGAAAGCAUGCUCUGGGGGAUAACAAGAAAAUCGUAGCUACGAAAACAGUGCAUUACAGAACCACUGCAAGCGGAGUACAGAUUAUGCCUUACAGAAAGACUGAUAACUCGUUUCAGAAUGGCGAUGCUAGACACAGCAAAAAUGCAUUACAGUUUGACAAUACCUCAAGGCAACAGAGAAUGAAUGUGGAUUUUGGAAACCCCGAAUUUGCAGAAGAUGGAGCAAUUGACGGCCCUCCUAUAGUUAAUGGAAUAGAAGGCGUGUCUCUUCCAGGCAUUUCAAACGGGCAAACCAGUCUGUCAUGUUCAGUGAAAAGGAAACUGGUGGAGGAAAAGGACCACUAUGUUUUUGACAAGCGCCUCAGAUGCAGCGUUCGACAAAAUGAAAGCAACUACCAAUUCAGGGACAUUGUUGUGAGGAAACAGGAUGGCUUUACCCAUGUUUUACUCUCCAGCCAAACCUCAGAUAACAAUUCAUUAACACCUGAGAUUAUGAAGGAGGUACGGAGGGCCCUUGGUAAUGCAUCCACCGAUGACAGCAAGCUUCUUCUGCUCAGCGCAGUUGGGAGCGUGUUCUGCAGUGGUCUCGACUAUUCCUACCUGAUUGGCAGGUUGUCCAGUGACAGGAGGAAAGAGAGCGCCCGGAUUGCAGAAGCAAUAAGAGACUUUGUGAAUGCUUUCAUUCAGUUCAAGAAGCCCAUCGUAGUGGCAGUCAAUGGACCAGCUCUGGGACUGGGAGCAUCUAUACUCCCGCUCUGUGACAUUGUGUGGGCCAGUGAAAAAGCCUGGUUUCAGACCCCGUACGCAACCAUUCGAUUGACGCCAGCUGGAUGUUCUUCAUAUACCUUUCCACAGAUCAUGGGAGUCGCUCUAGCGAACGAGAUGCUGUUUUGUGGGAGAAAACUAACAGCGCAGGAAGCCUGCAGUAGGGGACUGGUAUCACAAGUCUUCUGGCCAACCACAUUCAGUCAAGAAGUUAUGUUGCGGGUGAAAGAAAUGGCAUCGUGCAGUUCCGUGGUGCUGGAAGAAUCAAAAUGUCUGGUGCGCAGUUUCCUGAAGACUACGCUGGAGCAGGUGAAUGAAAGGGAAUGUCAGAUGCUGAAACAGCUGUGGAGUUCCUCGAAAGGAUUGGAUUCAUUGUUUAGCUACCUGCAGGAAAAGAUCUACGAGGUCUGAAGCCAUUGUUACACUUGAAUCUACUGUCCAUUAUUCCAGAGUCUGUGAAGGGAGUGGAUGGGUUUAAUAAGUGAUGUUAACCAGAUGGUUAAUAGAUGGACGCAAUGUUACAAAUUGGCCAGCAAAUGUCUUUGAUAACAUGAUACAUACUGAAGCGAUCCAUCAGAUAUGCCAAGUGGGUAUAUAUUAGAUGCACCUCUGCAUGCAUUUUCAGCUGUUUUGAUGCUCAUUGUCAAAUAAUGCUAUGUGAUUUAUUUUCUUAAAAGCUGGCCUUAAAAGUCUCAGUAUUGUUCCAUCAAACCGACCAGAUCUGCUCACCCAAUUUAUAACGAAUGUUGCGUUUAUGAAUAACACUUUAAUGAAUCAGUCAUAAUUAAUUCCUUUGCAUCUGAACCCACAGCACAAGGAAGAGAUGUUAUGUAAUAUGUCAAGUUGUAUAUUUGGACUCUUUUUUUUUGCUACCAAUUUAGUUAGCAAAGGGUUGACACUGGUUAAUAGAUAAUCCCAUCAUUAGGAUUGUAAGUAACCUCAAAUGAUAAAAAGCAUUUCGGUGGUGUAGAUUUUCAGUACAAGUUUUCCUGAUUACUAAGCAAUCAGGGAAAUUAUUAAUUUGUGACAUUUUUAUUUAGUAACCUGUUAGAUAAUUAUUUCACAAAAGUUUCAAACUCUAGGUAAACAAUAGCGGAUUUUAUGUAUUUAUUAUUUCUUCCAGCUUUCACAAUAAGGUUUAAUGGAACAUAUUUCUUUAUCUUUUGGAUCUUUACAAACCGAGGUGUGAAUUUUACUAGGAACGUAAUAUUUUUAAGUUUUAUUUUUUAAAUGAUCCCAAACUACCUAAAUCACCCAUGCAAGAUAUCAUUGUGACUGCGGUCUUGAUGCUGUUGAAGACAGCUCUGUCUUGGAUCGCUAAAUAUACGAGCAGGGUUUGAAUACCAAAUAUAAUAUUUCUACAAAACAGAGGAAUUUUCUGAUGGUGAAGUACUUUUUUUCUCCCCGAUUCUUAAAAUUCACCAAUAUCUUUCUGGUAUUGACUGCUGUCAUGUGACCAGCUUAAGGUCCAAAGCCAAUCAGUCAUGUUCCAUGCUCUGUCCUGAAAUGGUAGUGAGUUUUCAUUUCUUAUUUAUUUAAAGAAAUUAUAUGCACUAAUCAGACACAGUGUAUGUGCUGUUGUUAAGUGACUCAGAGGAGUAUGUUACAAAGAAGAUAUGGGUUUUAUGUCACUAAAUUGAAAAAGGUUAAAUAAAUAUUUGUUCGUUUCAUUUUAGUUGUGCAAAAAUAGAUGGGUGUUUCUUGAUUCGAGAACAGUCCAUACUUGGGUACUGGCACAAAUACAGUAUUUAGAAACAUAACAUGGGAAACCACAUUGAAGAGGCUGAGCACUCGAAGGUGUGUUCAUUGUAAACUGCUGUGUUUAGUUUUUUUUUCUAAAUAGUCACUGGUAUCAACACCUGGUGGAUAUGGAAUAAACUGUCUGCUGGUUCAAAGGAAGUGUACACUUGAUUUUCAUCUGAAGUUGCUUCUGUAACUGUAUUGAUGAGUUUGACACACCAUAUCACCGAAAUAUGGCAACAUUGCAAGACAAUAUAUAUUUUUUCAAAUGAUAAACUUUCUUUUAUACUGUGUAUUAUUACCCUCGACCUCUUGCUUUGCUUCUUUAGUCUUUUGUCCUGAAGUCGAUGGGUUUUUUUCAUCGGCUGCCUAUGUAACCUCAACGCUUUGUGCCAAUAUAUAUUGGGUUUUUUAUGUUUAUCAAACACUGUUUGCCCCAAUCCCAUUAAAAAGAAAAAAAACCUGCCCUGUAUUGGAAGAUUAAAGAGCCGAGAUGAAAUAGAAGCCGUUCAUAUUUUGGAUUUAUUUAUUUUUUUGCUUAAGUUCUGUUCUGUUCAAGACACAAGGAAUUUCACGGGAGAGCUUUAUCGCUCCCAAGGCACAAGGAACGUUGAAGUUUGCCUUUCGGAUAAUCGGUGUCAAUGGUGAAAGAAAACAGGAUGAAAGUGUACUUCAUCUUCCAGAUGGAUCAGUCAUACCACAGCAACCUGUCGGGGCUGAAUUGUAUAUGUGACGGAAACUUGUUAAAUGUAUUUAUCCUACAACAGAACACAAUGGGUUUUAACAGUUUUUUUGUAAACGGGGGCUGUGUUUAUUUAAAAAUUCUUAGCGAUCUGUUUUUGAUGUGGGCACCCUUUUUCUUACUGGAGAUAUAUUAUCUAUAUGUUCGAUAAACUACCAGGUAAUUCUGAUCUAUGUGAUAACUAACUUGUGUAAGACAGAAACCUACACAGUCUGUCAACUGCUUUUGUAAUUGGUGUACAGACACUUUUCUGGGUGCCUUAGAAGUUGUAUUUUUCAUGUGUGUUAAUAUAUUUAUAUAUUGUGGAAAAGCUGCUCCCAAUAAAAUAAUAUGAAAUUCAUAGCUUGA